AAGACGCUCCUCGAAUCACGCUCUCAAUGAAUGCUCUCGAGGUCAGCAAGUUAAAGGAGGUGGUGUACCUAAGAAUCGCGGUGUGUAUCUAAGAAUGUCAGGGAAAGGUAAAAAGAAAGAUCGUGUGGAGGGAAACGACGGUGCCGCGUCUGAUAAGAGACAGUCGUCAGUACUUGCUCGGUCGCCGAAGUGGAUCUUCUUCGUUGCACGGGAAACUUGGAGUAGUAUACCGUGUGUAGACCUUGAAUGAAGUUUUUUGUGUCCAGUUCUUGUAUCCCGAAGGGAAUUGUUCGGUGGUAGAACCGAAGGGAGGAAGAAUGAUUGGACUGGCGCGAUAAUAAUAAACUCGGGGGCAAAAGCUCGGGAUUAUCGACGUAGCGCGAUUUUUACUCGUAAAACAAUCGUGUAACGUAAUAAAGCGGACCGUGCAAAUUCUAUGGACAUUCAUGAAAGCAUUCUUUCGAGGGAGCUGAAUGCAACGCCUGUGCAUCUCCAAAGAUCGCCCUUUACAUCGUAUACGGGAAGACUUUGUUCGGAUGACAAAAAUCAUCUAUACAUGUGGUUGUCCUUGCUCGAUCUACUUUUUACCUUAAGCGAAUGUUGAAGAGUAGGGGACAGGGUGAAAGAGCAAUAUCGCGGAAACGUUAAUUGAUCUAUCGACGAUCGGGUUUCGCAGGAUUUCUCAGAUUGCCUCGGCGAGAUUACGUCACCGCGACGAAUUAGUGUUAAUCAACUACAGACGUGGUAAUGAACAAGCACCGCGAGCGAUGCGGCGGAAGAGCCGCAGUGUGUGACUAGCUAACACAAACUCACGCGGGGACGCCUUGUGACCCGCUGCAGUUUUCCCCGAUGCGGCGACACGUGAAGAGCAGCGCUUGCACGCCGCGGACUAUUGUACGCAGGUGACACCUGAAGGGCGCCCGGAAUCGAUCCGCUUCUCGCCACCGGGUGAGAAACGUGCUCGAUGUGUCGCGAAAGCUCCGAUAUCGUAUCUGGCCGCGAUCCACCGCGGGUGGAUCGACCCUUCCGAUGCAGAAGAAUCCUCCUAUGCGUCCUCCUUCUAUCCGGAAUGUCGCUCGGCAGCGAUGCCAGAGGUAACGGUACGCCAGAUGUUUAUAAGAUACUUGGAGGCGCGCGAACACGUCAAGAGGAUUACGAUUAUUCGUAUAUGAAUAAUGAUAUAAAAGAUGCAGGAAAUCAGAGAGACGACCUUUACAUCGGUCAUAGCGGUGACCCCUGGAGCGCAUCCUCGGCGCCUGAUUACGACAAUGAUAUCUAUGUGCACGUGUCGUCGCAGCUGAACGCUACGUCAAAUAGUACGAGAGCUCGAGCUAUCACAAAGAGCGGCAAGGAAACGACAGGCCAUACGAGAUUCAAGAGAGGAGUAAUACAUCUCUACAACAUGGUGGUAUGCGCCACAGGAUGUAAUCCAUUAGUUUACAAAGGAUAUGGUUGUUACUGCGGAUUCCUAGGAUCUGGUUAUGUCAUCGACGGCAUCGAUCAGUGUUGCAAAAUGCACGAUUGGUGCUACGAUGCUACAGAUUGUCCAAUGUUUUCGACAUAUUUUGUACCAUAUUAUUGGAGAUGUUAUCACGGUUACAAACCGGUUUGCGCGGUUGAACAUGGAAGCUGGGGAGGAUCGGGAUCUUGCGCUCAACGUUUGUGCGAAUGCGAUCGCUCGUUAGCCGAGUGUCUGAGAAGAUAUCCUUGCCCUACCACCAAAGCAGUUUGUACCUCGUCACCCUGGAGACUCGUACAGAAUCUCUUCAUGAUUAUAUAAAUUAUUACAUUUCUUGGAAAUAUCAGUCAAAAGAUAAUUCAAUGCAAUGUGAAAAAUGCGAAAUAUAUCUACUUUAUUUUGUAAGUUUUGACAUUCGAGAUAUAAAAGCAUUGCAUGUGCAAUUUUUGAUUAUUUAUGUGUAUUAUAUAAAAAAUUAAUUAAUCAAUUCAAAGACAGAUAUUAAUAUAUUAUUGAUUAUUAUAAACGUUGCUUAAAGAUAAAAAGGUCAAGAAAUAAGUAUCUAUAAGAUUAAAGAAAAUACAUCGUAUAUUUUAUAAUUACGAAAUUUAUUUACUAUCGCAAAUCAUGUUGCCCUUAAUAUAUAAAAAUUAUUUACAUUGAA